AUGAAUUUCGGCCUCGCUUUUCAUCGAAUUUGCCAACAAUUGCACUUGUGGAGCCGGCAUUUUAAGGUUAUUUUCGAUUCUUAUGAAUUUUUGAACAGUGUUUGGCUGAAAACGAGAAGGCGACGUCAAAAAGGGGCGUGGCGUGAAACUGGUACUUUGGAAGACGUCGUCAGUCUUCAGAAGCUUCUGAAAACUUUGGAUAAUCGAAAAAUGACGAAUUUUUGGAGAAAACUGUUCAAAAAGCGCAAUAUUCGAGAGUUUGAGGUGAAUUUUCGGGCUCCACACAUCGUUUCCGAUCGAUUCAUAUCGAAUUUUCGUCAAAAAAUUUCGACGUCUUCUAAAGUACGGUUUUGAAAAAGUCGCGCGAAAAGUGGUCAUGACGUAUGUCAAACUGAGCAGAAUUGUCUGCUGAGCACGAAUAUGCGAAUGAAAUGCUGAAAUUCUGCAAAAUUUCAGCAUUUUCAGACGCAACUUUUUGUUGCCCGAAACUUGAACGUUUCGUACAUCAAUCGAUAGCGAAUUUGACGGCGAUCAAGAUUGUCUCUUGACAUUUUUCGAUAGCUCUUCAGGUUUUCGAGAAAAAUCGCAUAAAAGAGCGUGUUCAGACGCGCCGUGCGUAUUGCGCCAUUUCUCUGCUAAACUACUCGGCGGAUCUGAUAUUGAUAUCGUGGAUGUUCAGCAGACAGCCCGUCUUUCUCGACGUCCUUUUUUGUGUCUCCUCCGCACUCAUCGGCAUUUCUAUCACUGGUAAACCGGAAGAAAAUAAAAUUGUUUGCAAACAAGUUUUUUUUUUGCAGGCCUAUACCUGAAACGACCGUCUGUAAUGCUUCCCGACGUCCUCUAUAAAGUGAGUUUCAAGAGAAAAAGUCGUGGUGUCAGCGAAAAAAAACUUGAGGUGAUCGUCUCGGCGUGUGCUCUUUUCAAUGCGAUCCUUGACGCCGACAACGGCACUUCGGGAGCCGCCCCACGGCUUUGUAUGGUAUCUGUGGCGCUAUUGUCGCAUAUUUACGAGGUAGCGUCGGUUUGCAGAAGUUUGUACACGUUUUGCCGGCGAAAAUCCGCUGAAAUUGAAGAAUUCGGUGAAUUGUUUGGAAAACGUUGUAUAUCUCGCUUCAGACGCAUGAUCGUGCAUGAGUGACAAGUAGAAUAUUGUAGACCAGCUAUUUUCCUUGCGAUUCGUUUUUUAACCAUUGAAAAAUGAUCGAAAUUGGCCGAGUUACUGUGGCGCAAAGUUAGACAUUCGAGUUUUCCAAACGCACUUCGAUUAAUCGAUAAUCUUCCCAUGUUUUCUGUACAAUACAUCUAUUUUUGUACGCCUAGAACCUGGAUUCGAAUAAUUAGACAGCACUAGCUACGUUUUGGUAACAGAAAUCUCACAUAUCGUUGAGAAUUAACCGAAUUAUUUCGAUUUGAAGGUUUUGGCCUGGAUUUUGAUGUUUUUCGAAUAGUUUCGCGAAAACUGCUCAAGAAAACUAACCGCCGGAACCUGAAUUUUGUAAAGAACGAUUCAGCGAACAUUUUUAUCGUUCGUUGGGCUCAUGAAAUGCAAAAUGAGCUGAAAUAUAAAGGUUUGAAGUUUUGACGAAAUGCGAAAAAGACGCUAAAAACAUGAAAAACUCUAAAUUCUGUAAAGAACGGUUUUCAAUCAGUAAAAUAUUGUUUUCUAGACGUUUUUCAAGUCAAACAAAAAAAAAGAAGUAAAGGUCGUAAACUCGAAUUGAACUGCAUUUUUAGACCUGCAAAUUUUCAAAAGUUACAACGACACUCCGCAUUUUACGAGCGCACUGUGUUUAGCAUUAGCGCCCCCUGGGAGACCGUGAAAUUCUCUAUUUUUUUUAGUUUUUAACACUUUAAAAAUGUCGAAAACUGACUGAAAACUUCCAGAACUAUUUCCUCUUCAACGCCAUCGCCGCUUUCUACCGCGAACAAGAGGGCGUCGAAAAUAGUCGGCCGCCGCCGAGCUACAAUUUAUUCGCUAAAUCUGGUUAGUUUCGGGCCGAAAUCUCUCGCUAAUUCUCGCUAAUUUUCAGCUCCAAAAGCGUCGAACGUCUCGUUGCGAAAAUGUGAAAAUGCGGCGGAAAGUGUGGAGAACGGAAAAUCGGAAGAACCGCCGCCGCCGACCUACGAGUUUGCGAUGGAGAAAAUUCGAGAGAAGAUGGAAAAAGAGCGAAUUGACAGUGUGUAA